CCACCCAUCUCAUCUUUCCUAUCAACCCCACAAGCCUCUGCCACAAUGAAGUGGGUGACCUUCCUCUUCCUCCUCUUUGUCUGUUGCUCUGCUUUUUCCAGGGGUGUGUUUCGCCGAGAUGCACACAAGAGUGAGAUUGCUCAUCGGUUUAAUGAUUUGGGAGAACAACAUUUCAAAGACCUAGUUCUGGUCAUCUUUUCCCAGCAUCUCCAGAAAUGCCCAUAUGAAGAACAUGUGAAAUUAGUGAAUGAAAUAACUGAAUUUGCAAAAACCUGUGUUGCUGACGAGUCUGCUGCAAACUGUGACAAAUCAAUUCAAACUCUUUUGGGAGACAAGUUAUGUUCCAUUCCAAGUCUUUGUGAAAACUAUGGUGAACUGGCUGACUGCUGUACGAAACAAGAACCGGAAAGAAACGAAUGUUUCUUGCAACACAAGGAUGACAACCCCAACCUGCCCCCACUUGUGAAGCCAGAUGCUGAGACCAUGUGCACCUCCUUUCAGGAAAAUACUGCUGCAUUUAUAGGACACUAUUUGCACGAAGUUGGCAGAAGACACCCUUACUUCUAUGGCCCAGCACUCCUUUUCUUAGCUGAGAAGUACAGUGCCAUCAUGACUGAAUGCUGUGCAGAAGCUGACAAAGCUGCCUGCUUGACGCCAAUGCUUGAUGCUCUGAUGGAGAAAGUGUUAUAUUCCUCUGUGCACCACAGACUGAAGUGCUCCAGUAUUCAGAGAUAUGGAGAGAGAGCUUUCAAAGCAUGGAUGGUAGUUUCUACAAGCCAGAAAUUCCCCAAUGCUGACUUCACAGAAAAUAGCAAAUUGGCAACAGACAUUACCAAAAUCACCAAGGAGUGCUGCCAUGGCGACCUGCUUGCAUGCGCAGAUGACAGGGCGGAGCUUGCCAAGUACAUAUGUGCAAACCAAGCAUCUAUCUCUAGCAAACUGCAGGCUUGCUGUGACAAACCAGUGUUACAGAAAUCCCACUGCCUUGCUAAAGCAGAACAUAAUGACAUGCCUGUUGAUCUGCCUUCAUUAGCUGAUGAUUUUGAUGGUGGUCAAGUGUGCACCAACUAUGUUGCAGCCAAAGAUAUCUUCCUGAGCAAGUUUUUGUAUGAAUAUUCAAGAAGGCACCCUGACUUCUCUGUUGCCUUGUUGCUGAGAAUCGCUAAGAAAUAUGAAGCCACACUGGAAAAGUGCUGCACUGAAUCUGAUCCUGCCAUAUCAUGUGGCAGUGUGGUAGGUUUCCAUAGGCCAAGAGCACAGCAGCUCCUGGCAGCACUUCCUGUAAGGAGAAAGGAAGCGAUGCACUAAUGAGAAUUGACAUAU